CUCCAAAACCCGUCAUUCUCACCUCUGCUCCCGGAUCCAACCCACCAAUCCUUCCCACUCCGACUCCGACUCCGCACCGCACCCGAUGGGCCGCCGACCCCGCAAGCGACGCCGCCGCCACGCCGCGGGCUUGGGCACUGCCGCCGGGGGCCCUGACUGCUUCUCCCACCUCAACGACGACCUCCUGCGCGCCAUCGUCUCCCGCCUCCCGAUCCGCUCCGCCGCUUUGCUCGCCGCCGCCUCCCGCCACUUCCGCGCUCAGGUCCCUCCCCUCCUCGACCGCGUCGACUCGCUCACCCUCCACGAGGCCCGCUUCCCCGUCCCGCUGCGCGACAUCCCGCCGCUCCUCCUCCGCCGCCUCGUCAUAGCCCCGCCCGCCGACAUCCCGCCCUCCACGUUCCGCCCCAUCCUCGACACUGCCGCCGGGCAUAGCGUAUCCGAGCUCGCCGUCCGUCUGAUCCGCCGCGCGCGGCUGCCCAAAAACGUGCUGUCCGUCCGCUCCCUCGCUGUGCUCACCCUCGACACCUGCGCCGUGCCGCGCUGGUCCAAAGUCAUGUGCCCCUGCCUCCGCACGCUCAAACUCUACCGCGUCGCCGUCCACCAGGAGACCAUCAACUCCGUCCUCGCCUCCGCGUCCUGCCUCGAGACGCUGGAGAUGGUCUACUGCACGGGGCACGGCACGGGCAAGGGCGGCGGCUGCACGGUGGAGUCAUCUUCCGUGAGGAACCUCUUGUUCAGGCCGGUGCUGAAACAGGAGGAGGCUGCGAUUAGGGCGACGGGGCUGAGGACGGUCACGUUAUACACGCGGGCCAAGACGAGGAGACUGGAGAUGGCGCCUGCACCGGAGGUGAGGAAGGCAUACCUGCACAUAGCCAAGGCGCGGAUGAUGGAGUCAUUCGGGGUUCGGCCGUUCCUUGAUUCUGGCACGAAGCUGAACUGCCUCACGCUCCGAUGCCAGGCCAUUAAGCUGUUAUCAUCUAAAUACGAGGAUAUUCCAAAGUUGACGGUUAUGUUUCAAUACUUGAGGAUACUAUCAGUGAGCUUGGAUAUCACAAGUGAACGAGAACUUGUUUUUCUGCUGAAGCUGCUUGAGAGCUGUCCUAACCUACAAUGGUUCACUCUUUCGGCUGUUGAAACAGACAAUGACAACACAUUGCCCUGCCCCCGUUUCACCGAUCACAAGGAGAGGCUGGCGAAUAUAUCUUGCCUGACUACCAGCUUGGUGCAGUUCAAAUUUCUUGGAUUCAAGGCUGAAGAAUAUCAAAAGAAACUCAUCGUUUUUCUGCUAACUCAAGCAAAGAACCUGAAGAAGCUGGGGGUGGAGUUUGAGAAGAGCCAAGCAGCUGCUGUGAAGGAGAUUCUGUCAGUUAGGAGAGCCGCGAUUAGGAGGACAUCUACUAAGUACACGGGUUACUACAUGGAGUUGGAUUACUCCUGUUAGAGCUUGUACAUAGCUAGUAGGGUUUGCGCCUUUGCUGGGCACUACCUGACUGACUGGGCUCCCCCACCCCCAACAUACAUUCACUUAUUAUACUUCUGUUCUCUUAACCUGUGGACAUGACAUCACACCUGUGAACACUGCAUUCCUUAUAGAAUAAGCUUCUUUAAGUGGAUUAGGUGUGUGAUCAAACAUCAUAUGCUUUAUUGCUGCG